UCAGGGCGGGGCCGGUCGGUGAGUCAGCGGCUCUCUGAUCCAGCCCAGGAGAGGACGGAGCUGGAGGAGCUGGGUGUGGGGUGUAUUGGGCUAGUGGGGAGGCCGAGUUUGGGAGCAAAUAGGGUCUGAUUGAGUUUGUGUUGCACUAAAGAGACAGCCCUGGGUCUAGGGGAGAGAAUCCCUGAGUGUGAGACCCGCCUUCCCUGGCCCCAGCCCCUCCCAGUUCCCCCAGCGACGGCCACUUCCUGGUGCCCGACGCAACCAUGGCUGAAGAACAACCGCAGGUCGAAUUGUUCGUGAAGGCUGGCAGUGAUGGGGCCAAGAUUGGGAACUGCCCGUUCUCCCAGAGACUGUUCAUGGUACUGUGGCUCAAGGGAGUCACCUUCAAUGUUACCACCGUUGACACCAAAAGGCGGACCGAGACAGUGCAGAAGCUGUGCCCAGGAGGGCAGCUCCCAUUCCUGCUGUAUGGCACUGAAGUGCACACAGACACCAACAAGAUUGAGGAAUUUCUGGAGGCAGUGCUGUGCCCUCCCAGGUAUCCCAAGCUGGCAGCUCUGAACCCUGAGUCCAACACUGCUGGGCUGGACAUAUUUGCCAAAUUUUCUGCCUACAUCAAGAAUUCAAACCCAGCACUCAAUGAUAAUCUGGAGAAGGGACUCCUGAAAGCCCUGAAGGUUUUAGACAAUUACUUAACAUCCCCCCUCCCAGAAGAAGUGGAUGAAACCAGUGCUGAAGAUGAAGGUGUCUCUCAGAGGAAGUUUCUGGAUGGCAACGAGCUCACCCUGGCUGACUGCAACCUGUUGCCAAAGUUACACAUAGUACAGGUGGUGUGUAAGAAGUACCGGGGAUUCACCAUCCCCGAGGUCUUCCGGGGAGUGCAUCGGUACUUGAGCAAUGCCUACGCGCGGGAAGAAUUCGCUUCCACCUGUCCAGAUGAUGAGGAGAUCGAGCUCGCCUAUGAGCAAGUGGCCAAGGCCCUCAAAUAAGCCCCUCCUGGGACUCCCUCAACCCCUCCAUUUUCUUCACAAAGGCCCUGGUGGUUUCCACAUUGCUACCCAAUGGACACACUCCAAAAUGGCCAGUGGUCAGGGAAUCCUGGAUCACUUGUUCCGGGAUGGUGUGGUGGAAGAGGGGAUGAGGGAAAGAAAUGGGGGGCCUGAGUGAGAUUUUUAUUGUGGGGUGGGAUGGGUAGGACAACAUAUUUCAGUAAUAAAAUACAGAAUAAAAAUCAAGUGUUUUUACGCAA